GCGGGCGAAUAUGUUUUUGGUAAAUUUACGGAUUCACCGCGAGAACCGAUAUUGCUGUCUGACUCUCUCUUAGAUGAAUUCUCAUUAUCAAGCGUUCCAAAAUCUCUGAGAAAACCAAAUUCACAUUUGUCGUUAUUGGCAAUGGUGGAUUGUUGGCAUAAGUCCGGAAUUAGACCAUAUGAACAUAUGGUUUGCCAAACUCCUCUAUUUCGGCUUUGGACGGGUAUUACUGAAUACCUAUUUCGCAACACUGAAAUGUUAGACGAAGCCAUCCAAUCGGCAUUGUACAGCAAAGAUAUUAGAGCAGAUGACAUGGAAUUCUAUAGUGCAUCUAAAGGAUGGUCGGAGUGUAUUGAAAUUGGUAAUAUGGUGGCAUACCAAAAACGAUUCGAGGACACUGCAAAGUUUUUCGAACCCAGGUAUUAUUAG